GGCUAAGCGUUCGCAAAACAAUAACAUUGUGACCGGUAAGCUUCACUGAGAUGGAGGUCUCGGGUGUUUUCGUGCUAGCCCUUGUGAGCUUUGUGACAGGAACACCACAUGGAUAUGGUGUGAAAAGUGGAGCAGUGGCAAAAGCUGAAGCAAACGCUGCAGCGGGUGCAUUUGGCGUUCAUCCUGCUUUACCCUUAAGUAUACCCAGUGGUAGUGGCUUUUCCGGUAGUUUUUCUAAAUCAUCAUCGUCAAGUUUUGCUUCGGCGAGUUCAAGUGCAAGCUCAAGUUCCAGCUCCUAUACUUUUAGUGGUAGUGGUGCCAACGGAAUUGCUGGAUUUGGUUGUCCCACUAAUAAUUGCAAACAGAGUGGAAAUUCUGUGGGCAUCCAUCCACCUGGCAGCGCACCUCAAAAUAACGCUGUCACAAACGGAAAUGGAGCCAGUGCCGGAGUAAUUCCUUACUCAAAUAAUGGUGGUAGUACACCUUGCAAAGGAAACCAAUGUAACGGAUAUAGUAACAAUAAAUGUUCGACGGGCGAUUGUAAUGGCAUAACUGGCAAUCAACAAGAUGCGUCUUAUGGUAAACCUUCCUCUAAUGAUAAUUACAAUACGGGUACAGAAUUACAAAAUGGGAAACACCAAAAUGGAUACGAAAAUAAAUGUAUUUCGGGAAAUUGUUCUCCAACUUCUGACACAGACUCUUAUGGUUAUGAUGUAGACUCUACUGGUAAAACACAAUCGAAGUCACCGUAUGAUUCGAAUGAUGAUAAACCUAAUUUAGACAGUAACAGCGGUAACGGCCAUUUACAGUCGGACGACUGUUCUCAGGGCAAAUGUGGACCUAAUCCAUCGUCUAGUGAACAUGAUAUUUUUAUUCCUCUCACACCUUCCGCUAAUGGAGGAAGGCCGACUUAUCCUAAGCCCGAUACACAUUUAAAUACUCCUAAUCUAGGCCCAGCUUGUACAAGUCACAGUUGCAAUAUACCCCCUAGCGGUCCAGAUUCGAUUAACGGAAAAUUACCAACAAGCUACAAUGUCCCAAUACUUGGUACGAACCCAAGUGCAUCAUACUCUGGCCCUGGUACUAACAGUAAUCCUACAGGAAAUUUAUACAGUUUACCAAAAGAUACUAGCAUAAGCAAUUGUGGUUCUGGCGUUUGUCCCACUGAUAGUGCAUCCCCAGUAAAUACCGCACCAAUUACGCCAAAACCAUCAAUCCACUCUCAUGGAAAUUAUCCAUCCCAAGUUGCACCUGUUGUAUCUCCAAGUUGUACUGGUCCUUUUUGCAAAUCGCUGAAUACACCAGAUUCUGAAAUACCCACCCAUCAAACUAAUAAACCAUCAAGUUGUAAUACUCCUAAUUGUGCCUAUUAUCCAGCUGUUGGCAGUAGCGCUUCAGGACAAUCUUCAAAUUUUGAUUCAUCAAAACCUUAUGCCGGUCCACCAUCUCCACCUGAGUCAAUUAAAGCUUCAGUACCUACUUCAAAACUAGAUACAAAUCAUUAUCCCUAUCAGAAUACCUUUCCUGGAUACGAAGGCACACCAGGAAAACCAGGGCAUAGCAAUGUAAGUCCGAUUAAUACUGGUUAUACGACAAAUACGGGAUCUUAUAACGCUGGAGCCGACCUAGGGUCCUUUGAUGCUAAAUUUGAGGACAAAUUUAAGACCUCUAGUCAAAAUUUACCGACACAUUUUGAGGUAAGCUCUACUACCCAAAACACUCCUAUAUAUACCGGUGGUUUUGGUGGAUCACCGGGUUCAUUUGAAACAAGCGCUCCAAUUGGUUCACAGUUUGCAUCAAAACCAACUCAGGAAAAAGCACCAUCUACUAUUAAUUUGCCUCAUACUAGUGGUAUUAGUGGACCAUUAGGUCCAGCAGGAGAGAAUCCAAAACCUAAUUCAUAUCCCGGCUUAAAUGGAAUAUCCAAACCAAGUGGCAGUCUUGUUCCUCCUCAUCACAAUAUUCCAACAGGACCUGGAACCUUGGUCGCAUCACACGCUCCAUCUGUUUUGCAGACGGGAUCAACAAGUUCACCAAAACCAAUAGACGAUAAAACCAAGUUACCCCUAUAUACAGGUGGAUUCGGUGGAUCACCGGGAUCGUUUGAUACAAGUUCUGCAAUUGGCACACAAUUUGCAUCAAAACCUAACCAUGAAAAAGCACCAUCUUCUAGUACUUUCCCUCAUACUAGUGGUAUUAGUGGUCCAACUGGUACAGAAGGAGUGAGUUCUGGAUCUAAUUCAUAUCCCGGCUUAAAUGGCUUAUCCAAACCAAGUGGUAGUCUUGUUCCUCCUCAUCACAAUAUUCCAACAGGCCCUGGAGCCUUUGUCGAACCACAUGGACCAUCUGUUUUACAGACAGGUUCAACAAGUUUACCAAAACCAAUAGACGAUAAAACUAAGUUACCUCUGUAUACAGGUGGUUUCGGCGGAUCACCGGGAUCAUUUGAUACAAGUUCUGCAAUUGGUACACAGUUUGCAGCAAAACCAAGCCAUGAAAAAGCACCAUCUUCUAGUACUUUCCCUCAUACUAGUGGUAUUAGUGGUCCAACUGGUGCAAUAGGAGUGAAUUCAGGAUCUAACUCUAAUCCCGGCUUAAAUGGCUUAUCUAAACCAAGUGGUAGUCAGGUUCCUACUACUCAAAAUAUUCCAACAGGAUCUGGAAGCUUACCAAAACCAAUAGAUAAAACUACAUUACCCCCAUAUACAGGUGGAUUUGGGGGACCAACAGGAAUUUUAAAACCUAAUGAAUAUGAAACACCAAAAUCACCUGCAUCAUCUUCAAAUAAUUAUACUCCUUCUUCAUGCAAUACGGGUCGUUGUAAUGCAAAAGAAGUGAAAAAUGUUAAUGGUGCUCACCAAACGACAAAUGGAGUGUCCGGAAUAUCAAGUACUUCGAUUGAUGCUAAAGCCGUUGCUUACUCUGGAGGUUUUGGUGGCCCAUCAGGAUUCUUAAAACCAUUUGAUGAUGGAAAGCAGUCAAAAAGUGGAAAUGAAGGAAAAGAACAAACUGGCCAUGAUUAUUUUGAUACCAGUGUUGGGUCUAAGCACAAAACCACUGGUGACUUUAACCAAGCAAAUUCUGGUGCACUGGCUAACACCGGCGCAAAUUCCAUAGCAGGAGCACAGGCUAUUGCUGGAGCACAGGCUAUUGCCGGAGCACAGGCUAUUGCCGGAGCACAGGCUAUUGCCGGAGCACAGGCUAUUGCCGGAGCACAGGCUAAUGCUAAUACUUUUGCCAGCUCUGGUAGUUUUGGAACAAAUCAGGGUGCAGGAACAGGUUGCAAAAGCGGUUGUGAAGCUAACUAUAACCCUGGAACCGGUCAAAAUUUGGCCACUAGUAGGAGUUUAGGUAUUUCGCAAUCAGGUGGUUUUGGCGAUUUACAUAAUAGUGGUGCUGGUGCUGUAGCAUCUGCAAAGAGUAUUGCUGGCGCAGGUGCCGGGAUACAUGGAGCAAGUCAUAGUUUUGCCAGCAGUUCAGCUGUAGCACAUUCAUCUGUAGGAGGUUAUGGACGAUGAAGUUCGCCCGAAAUGAAAAAAAAAACGUAAACCGUCCGAUUAAACCAGAUCUUGUGAGAUCUAAAACGAAACAAGACUUUUUAAUUUUGCUGCAAUAUGAUCUACUUAUGUGUGAUAUUAUUAAUGUGAGAAUAUAGUAAGUUAAUAUACAAUUUAAUAUGAAAAAA